CGCACGUUGUUCGAAUCGAACCCAAAAGGACGAAAGCGAGUGGCGAGAAAUUCGUCGUUUCUCCUGAGAGAUCGAUCAGAUUUAGAGAAGUGAUCUCCAUUGUUGAAACGAAAAGCUUCGCCUUUUCAAAGCCCGAGAGCGAUUUAGAUGGUGUGGUUGACGAAUCAACAGAUCAGUAGAUGGAGGAGAAAACGAGUUCUGGUCGGAUCGUUUCUGUGUUGGCUCUUCGUCAUGUUCAUCACUCCCAAAGUUCCUCUUUCUUCCCCCAGUCAUCAUGUCUUCGCCGAUAAGCGCAAUUUCCUUGGAGUGCCUAAUACUUUGAAUGUGAUGACCAAUUUCCCCUUCCUAAUUGUUGGUGUUCUUGGUUUUGUUCUGUGCAUUGGAGGAGGCUUCUUCACCAUAAGCUUGAAAGGGGAAAUAUGGGGAUGGGUGCUGUUCUAUGCUGGUGUUGCAGGCUUGGCUUUUGGGUCUGCUUAUUAUCAUCUAAAAUCUGAUGAUAAUAGAAUCAUCUGGGACACUUUGCCGAUUUUGAUUGCGUAUUCCUCGCUUUUCUCUAGUUUUUUGGUUGAGAGAGCGGGGGAAAGAGCUGGAUUAUGCUGUCUGGUCUCCCUUCUGUUCAUAGCCUUUCUCAGCAUUGCUUAUGCAGGAGUGUUUAAUGAUCUCCGGUUGUGCAUGACGUUCCAGUUGAUCCCUUUCGUGGCGAUUCCUGUCCUGACCAUUUUGUUACCGCCCAAGUAUACCCACUCCAAGUAUUGGCUCUGGGCUUCAGGAGCUUAUAUUCUAUCCGGAAUAGAAAAUCUCGCAGACUCCAAGAUUUACAACGCGAACCGUUACCUAAUCAGCGGGCACUCUUUGGGGCAUCUGUGCUCGGCCGCGGCCCCAAUUCUACUCACCAUUAUGCUUUUGUAUAGAAGCAUUCGGUUUCACAGAUUAGGCGAUCUCAAAGGGCAUCCUUGACGACGGGAAACACACCGCUGAGUUCUUCCUGGCUCUGAACUUUUCAACUCAGGUCCAAGGUGUUUUUUUUUUUUCUGUCCGGAGUUCGGGAAGGGAAGAACCAUUUUUUUUUUCCUUCGAGUUUCUGUUAAUGAUGAUUUUUUUUUUGUUCGGAUUCUUUUGUUUUGAAGAUUUUGUGAUGGAAACUUUAAGUUCUGAUUAUGCUUGUGGAUAUUUUUUUU